AAUAUAGUUUUGAGGUGCAUUUUACUUCAAUAAUAUAAAGUUGACCCUUAUACAAACCUCAACCUUAUUGCAGAUGGAAUUAUUUUUCCCAUAUAAGUAUUCAAAUUUCAACCUAGGCCCAGAUACCAUAAGUUUUUGGUGGUUGUAUUUUUGAUUUGUUCAGGUGAAAAAUCUAGAGGGAGGGAGGGGGAGACUUCUGGUUCCUGAGUAGCUAUGGCUUUUUCUCUGUCUUCAUCUUCGACCAUCUGCCACGAAUUGCGAAAAUCUGCCCUUUGUAAGAGAACCCAAACUCCUAUUUUGAGACAAUCGGUCUCUUUUGGCAAUAUGAGGAAACCCAUCUCCAUUAAAGCGAGUUCAGUAACAGCUACAACAUCUGGUGAGGUCAAGCCUGCAAUCUCAUUGACUGAUAAUGCGCUGAAGCAUUUGAACAGGAUGAGAUCUGAGAAAAAUGAAGAUUUAUGUUUAAGAAUUGGGGUGAGGCAAGGGGGAUGUUCUGGAAUGUCUUACACCAUGGACUUUGAGAAUCGAGCGAAUGCGAGGCCUGACGACUCGAUAAUUGAGUAUAAUGGAUUUACAAUUGUUUGUGACCCCAAGAGCCUUCUCUUCCUUUUUGGGAUGCAAUUGGAUUUCAGUGAUGCCCUCAUAGGUGGAGGUUUCGCAUUCAAAAAUCCUAAUGCCAGUCAGACCUGUGGAUGUGGUAAAUCUUUUGCUGCUGAAAUGUAAAUUGAAUUCAUCAUCUAUGUACUGAUAUACAUUCUAUAGUGAUAAGUGUGGAUGGUCCAUGUAUUCUUGUCGCUUUUUUGCUUUAGUCCUGGCUGUCUGUGCGAAUCAAAAUUAUGAAGCAGAAGUAAAAUGGCUUUUAUAUAGCUUCUUGCUGCUGC